UUCAUUUUGGCCACGAAUAGCUUUCAACAAGCUAGUUCUUUAGCACAAAAAAAUUGAGCAUUAGUUUUAGUUUAUUUUCUAAAGACAAAAACAAAAGUUAUUCCUUAAGAAGAGAGAUUUGAAAAAAAAAAUUUAAGACAGGAUUUAAAACAAAGAUUUUUUGACCGUUAAGAAGGGUUUAAAAGGGAAACAAUAAGUAGGAAAAAUUAACAAUUUGUUUGAAAGUGCAAAAAGGGGACAAAAAAUUUCGAGAAAUAUUAAAGAAAACCAUAUGGUGGAGAAGAGAAAUUAUUUUGGGAUCAAAAAAAAAGGAUUAAAAGAACAAGGAUUGUGUGCAUUGUGAGCUAUAAAAGCACCAGAAGAUGGAAAUAAAGAUGAAAUUGUUAUUUCUUUUGAUCCUUCCGUAUUUUUCAAAUGCUGGAAAUAUCCUUGUACUUAUCCCCAAUCCAUCAAGAAGUCAUGUUGUAUGGAUAAAUACUUUAACUGACGUACUAGCUGAAAGAGGACACAACAUUACGUUUCUAUCAAGUAAUAUUUAUGGGAAAAAAAUGCCAAAUAUUCAUCACCUUGAAUUAGACGUGGCAAAAGAAGAGCGUGUGAAAAGAUUAGGAGCAAUUGAUGUGUUUAAAAUAGGAAAAGGAAAUUUUUUUAAUAGACUAAAUCGAGUAAAUCAUAAGUCUGACAUGCAAGAAGCUUAUACCCAAUCCAGUGGAUAUCAACGACUCCAAGAGUAUCCUGACGAUUUUAAGUUCGAUUUGGUCAUCUUUGAAUAUAUUGAACAGUCAUUUCUAAUGAGUUUUGUUGAAAAAUUCGGAAAUGCACCAGUGAUUGGGGCUUCUAGCGUAGCCAUGCCACUUUCAUCUAACACUUAUGUACCAGGCAAUUUAAUUUCUCCAUCUUUUAUGAAAAUCAAUUUGAUAAGGAAUAGUCCGAGUGUGUUGACUUUUUGGGGAAGACUUUUAAAUUAUACAAUCAUUUUUGUGUUUGAAGUUUUAAAACACUAUUGUACUGUGCCAAAUCUUUCGUCGGAAUUAGAAAAACAAUUCAAACUUAUUCUUAUAAACAAACAUCCUGCCUCGGAUGAAAUUGUACCACUUUGGCCACAUGUAAUUCCAGUUGGAGGACUUCAUAUUCAACCCCCUAAAGAUCUACCAAAAGAUCUUAAAGAUAUUUUAGAUUCCGCUAAAGAUGGAGUGAUCCUUUUCUCUUUGGGAUCCGUUGUACAAAGUUCAAAGAUUCAAAAAGAUCGUUUAAUGGAAAUUGUGGAAGCUUUUCGUGCUCUACCGCAGUAUACGUUCCUCUGGAAGUACGAGAAGAGCUCAUUGCACGUUGAAAUACCUUCAAAUGUAAUAAUUCGCAAAUGGCUGCCACAGAAUGAUAUCCUGGCACAUCCGAAUUUGAAACUUUUCAUCACCCACGCUGGAAUUCUCAGUACACACGAAACAAUUUGGCAUGGUGUCCCUGCUCUAGGGCUUCCAGUCUUUUUGGAUCAAUUUAGCAAUAUAGAACAUUGCGUGAAGUCAGGAUUUGCCGAGGAAGAAGACAUAACGAAGGUCGAACGGAAUUCCUUCAGGAAACUCAUCGUGAAGAUGAUGAAUGAUCCAAAAUACAAGGAGAACGCAAUGAUUUAUUCUCAACUUUUCAGGGAUCAGAUAGACAAUCCUCUUGAACGAGCUGUUUGGUGGACAGAGUUUGUGAUGCGUCAUCCCAAUAUGACCUUCAUGAGCCCUCCUUAUGCAGAUGUUAGCCCAUUCAUCAGGCACUCAUGGGAUGUUCUAGCUUUCCUCUAUUCACUCUUUCUUAUUACUUUGUACAUGAUUUUUAAAUUUAUUUCCUUCCUUGUAAGAAAAUGCCUUAAAAAAUAUCAUGUCAAGAAAGCUAAAGUAGAAUAAUGUAUUCACUGAUAUAAUUUGUCAAAUAAAUGGUUUUGGUAAUGGA